AUUGCAACUAUCAAGCCGUUAGAUUGGUGAACUAUUGACGUUCAGAUCGGAAAGAUCACCUAAUUCAAGUUGGACGCAUAUGUGCUCUGACUGCGACAAACCCUGGAGUAUUUCCCUAUUGAGUACCCUUCACGCGUCGAGCGCUUAACAAGCGAGUUCUAUUCGCCAAAUCUAUCAAAUGGGGAUUCUGGCACUAUGGGACUUGAUCAAAGAUCAGGACCAUAGUAUCUCAACGGCCAAGCUUGCUGAAGACUUCUACAAACAACAUGGCCGACCAUUACGAAUCGCUGUCGACGAGGCUGGCUGGCGAUUCAAUAACUUAACGCCUCAGCAGGUAUUCGUUAUUCGAGAAAAGUCAAAUCAGCCUUACCAAGGCAUUGAGAAGGCAAUUUUCUACCGUCUAUGCCAUCUUCUCUCGCUCAAUGUUCAUCUUAUGUUUGUCUUCGACGGGCCGAGGCGUCCUGCGAAACGGGGUCGAAAUGGCGGCUCGAAGAUCGAUUACGAUCAGUUGCGAGUACUCAAAGAACUUCUUCGCUAUUUUAAAGUCCCUUAUCACGAAGCUCCUGGGGAAGCUGAAGCAGAAUGUGCUCGAUUACAGGCACUUGGUGUCGUCGAUGCAGUCUGGUCUCAAGAUUCCGACACGCUGAUGUUCGGAUGCGACUUUCUCAUCCGGGAUGAUCGGGUAGCAAAGUACAAAGACGUUAACAGCCGAUCGAAGGACAACACGAAGAAAGGCUAUGAAAGUGUCCGAGUGGUUCGAGGCGAGGAUAUCCGCAGGCACCAUACAUUGGAUCGGGAUGCUUUGGUUCUGUUUGCAAUGCUAACUGGUGGAGACUACGAUAUGACGGGACUACGAGGUUGCGGUGCAUCUACGGCCUUGAAGAUUGUGAAAUCAGGAAUCGGUACUCUGCUCCGUUCUGCAGAGACACAGAAAGAUUGUGGAAUUUGGAGGGAAACUCUUGUAUUUCAGCUGCAGAAUGCUCCUCGCGCUGGCAUGAUUAACGUUCCCAUGAAUUAUCCAGACAUCAAGACGCUCCACAAGUAUAGUCGACCUACGGUCUCCCCCGAUGAACAGCUUUUGAACCUACGGUGUCUUAAAAGUGGAUGGAACAAGCCCCUCGACGAGCUCCAGUUGUUGGAGGUGACAAGCCAGCGGUUCAACAUCUGGGGAAAAUUCUACAUGAACUGGGUGGCUCCAGUACUGUUCACACGAUACCUAGUAUCAAGGGAUCCCGCUCUACCUCCUGAAAACAUCCACAAUGUCAAAAUUGUCCGACCACGAGGGAAGAAUAAAGAAGAGCAAACCGAUGAAACCAAAUUACAGCAGAAGGUGACCUUCUCUCCGUUUAGUGUAUCUUCACUCCAACGAAAAGACUUCGAAGGCGGCGAAAGAAAUGGAUAUUGGACGGGCACGGUGGGUCAACCGUUUGACCCAGAUCAUCGCGUCCAGUGGGAAUUUCCAAUAUAUCUGCUCCGCAAAGUGCUGCCCCGAGACGUGUUGGAACCCUCAGCACCACCACCCAAGACGCCAGCGGGAGCAGGCAAAAGGCGCAAAGCCACCGACGACAACCAGGAAGCCGGACAGAGCUCGACAGCAUCGAACAAACGGCAAAAGCUAGUCGAAUCCCUUGCUGCCAUCAACAGAGACUUGGGAAAACAACGAGCAGCACAAACAUCCCAUCAAGCAGCGAAGCAGAAAAUCCCUUCCAACACCUACAGUUCGCCCAUCCCAGGACGUCCGCAAACUUUCCAAACCCAAAAUCCCUCGUAUUCAUCCCCUGCUUCACGGCUAGCUUCGUUCUCGAUACCUGAUUACGAUUCACUCGAACUCCUCCCAGAUGACGACGAUGACGAUGACGACUACGCGAUCAACUUCGCGGACAUUGAGGAAGCCUACCUUCAAAGCAUGGAAUCAAAGGCAUUUAUAAAAGACCCGAAUUUCAUAUAUGACGAUCGAAGCUUCUUUGACACGGGUUUUCCCUCGCCUCCAAGCAUGCGGGAUUCUACUGGUUCGAACAACACUCAUUCUUUCAGAGCGCCGGUAGCUCAGCAAGAAAGCCAGCAUCGGACACCUACCAUCCACCGUGCAAAUGCGUCGGGAGCGUCAACAGCGGGAUCGAGCUCAGUUCCGGAUCUGGCAGAAUUGCGCGCAAAACGUCUUCAGCAUCUUUCCAGGGGAGCGCCGCCAAAGCCACAGGCAGGUAGAGAUUGUGUUAAUCUAACAGGAGAUUCAACGUCUCAAUCUUCGGGGCAGUCAUCGAGGCAAAGUGGAGAUAGGAGUAUUCCGGGGCCUAGAAAGGAAAAGGAAAUUGAAGUCAUAGACUUGACUGAUUUAUAAUAUUUGGAUAGAGUUUCAUGUUAUGUAG